CCUUUCCUCGUCUUAACUUGUAUCACAAAGCAAAAUACGAAAGAAACAUGGGGUUCUUGGGUAAGAGUGUAUUGUUGAGUAUCCUUGCAAUAUGGUUCUUCACUUCCUGUGCUUUCACUGAAGAAGUGAACCAUGUGACCCAAACGCCUUCCUCUGCCCCUGCUCCAUCUCCUUACCACCACGGCCACCACCACCCACAUCCUCCCCAUCACCACCACCCUCACCCUCACCCACCGGCAAAAGCCCCUGUCAAGCCGCCGGUUUCUCCACCUUCUAAACCUCCGGUUAAGACUCCAGUUUACCCUCCAACCAAAUCCCCGGUUAAGCCCCCAACUAAACCUCCGGUUAAGGCACCAGUUUCCCCACCAGCAAAACCUCCUGUUAAACCUCCGGUUUACCCUCCGACCAAAGCUCCGGUUAAGCCCCCAGUCAAACCUCCGGUUAAGCCACCAGUUUCCCCACCAGCAAAACCUCCUGUUAAACCUCCAGUUUACCCUCCGACCAAAGCUCCAGUUAAGCCCCCAGUCAAACCUCCGGUUAAGCCACCAGUUUCACCACCGGCCAAACCUCCAGUAAAGCCACCAGUUUCACCACCGGCCAAACCUCCGGUUAAGCCCCCGGUUUACCCUCCGACCAAAGCCCCUGUUAAGCCCCCGACCAAAGCCCCGGUUAAGCCUCCGGUCUCUCCUCCAACCAAACCACCAGUCUCCCCUCCAGCUAAGCCACCGGUGAGGCCACCGGUUUACCCGCCAAAAUUCAACAGAAGCCUAAUCGCCGUUCAGGGUACGGUCUUCUGCAAAAGCUGCCAGUACGCUUCUUCCGAUUCACUCAUUGGCGCCAAACCCGUUGAAGGUGCUGUUGUGAGACUACUGUGUAAGAGCAAGAAGAACGUAGUCGCGGAGACCAAGACGGACAAGAACGGAUACUUCUUGUUGUUGGGCCCGAAGACGGUGACAAACUACGGUUUCAGAGGAUGUCGUGUGUAUCUUGUGAAAUCAAAGGACUACAAAUGCAACAAAGUGUCAAAGCUAUUCCGUGGAGAUGUCGGUGCCGUACUCAAGCCGGAGAAAAGGAAGGGGAAAUCUGCGGUGGUCAUUAACCAGCUCAUCUACGGUAUCUUUAACGUUGGACCGUUUGCGUUUGACCCGGUUUGCCCCAAAUAAAGAUAAUGAUGAUGCUUUGUUACUUUCUUGAUUAUGUAAUGCUCAAAAGAGUUCGAGGGAGACAGAGAGUUAUGUCUUUAUGCGUUCGAAUUGUAAUGUUAGCUAUAGUAUUAAGCUAAAUGCUUGUGUUUUUAUGAAUGUGUCCUUAAGAGACGUCGUUUGGGUUUCGUUUGAAUAAAAAUCGCCAGCUUUAAGAA